AUGGGCGAAAUCCCAACCGUGAACGGCUACGACGAGGACCUGGACGAGGGGUUCACCAUCAAGGACGCCCCCAUCGAGAAUCUCAGGCCAUUUAGGGUGGUCGUAAUUGGGGCCGGCUUUUCGGGUAUCCUCGCUGCUAUCAGAAUCCCCGAGAGGCUGAGGAAUGUUGAGUUGGUGGUCUAUGAGAAGAAUGAGGCCGUUGGCGGAGUUUGGUGGCUGAACAAAUAUCCUGGAGUUGCCUGUGACAUCCCAUCCCACUCAUACCAAUACUCCUUCGCUCCCAAUCCAAACUGGAGUAAUUUAUAUGCCCCCGGGGCCGAGAUCCAACAAUAUCUCCAAGACGUGGCAGAGAGAUUUGGCGCAACGAGGUUCAUCAAGACGCGCCACCAGGUCGAGCACUGCGAGUGGGAUGAUCUGACGGGAAACAGGAAGAUCAAAGUUAUCAAUAUCGGUACCGGAGAGACUUUUGAGGACGUAGCGGAUGUCCUCAUAACUGCUCGAGGGCAGCUUAGCAACAUAUCAUGGCCGGACAUCCCCGGGCUCGACAAGUUCCAGGGUAAGGUCAUGCAUUCAGGGGACUGGGAUACGAGCUAUGACCUCCGCAACAAGCGGAUCGGAAUUAUCGGCAACGGCUCAAGCGCCAUCCAGAUUAUCCCUAACCUGCAAAAGGUCGAGGGCACCCAGCUGACCUGCUUCAUGCGGUCACCAACCUGGAUCUCGUCUGCCUUUGGAGACGAUGCCAUGACUGAGCUAGGCCUGGAUCCCUCCGACACAACAUGUAAGCCGUCAACCAUCUCCCCCGAGCAGCGCCACAAGUUCGCCGCCGACCCCGACGCCCUCUUCAAGCUCCGCAAGGUCUUCGAAACCAGCGGCAACCUCAUCCACGACAGCACCAUCCGCGGUACAGCCAUGCAGCAAGAAUGCCAGGCAGCCUUCCACCAAGCAAUGCACGCCAAGCUGCAAACCCGCCCUGACCUCCUCUCCCUACUGAUUCCGUCCUUCGCGCCAGGCUGCCGACGCCUAACACCAGGAAAGGGCUUCCUCGAAGCCCUGCUCGAACCCAACGUCAACGUAGUCAGCAACACCAUCACCGAAAUCACCCACUCCGGCAUAACCACCACUAAUCCCACUCCCACCACCACCACUACUAACACCACUACCACACCCCCCACCGCCACCAAUACAACCACAACCCACCUCUUCGACACCCUAAUCUGCGCCACGGGCUUCACGCCCUCCACCUCCCCGCCCUUCCCCAUCCACGGCCGCAGCCACCUCCCCCUCUCCACGCGCUGGCACGCCCGCCCCGAAACCUACCUCUCCCUCGCCGUAGACGGCUUCCCCAACCUCUUCAUGCUCUUCGGCCCCAACUCAGCCAUCGGCAGCGGCAGCCUGACGACCAUGCUGGAGGCAUCUGUCGCGUAUGCAGUGCGCGCGGUGCGGAAAUUGCAGCGGGAGGAUUAUGUGAGCAUGGAGCCUGCGGCCGGGGCGGUGCGGGGGUUUAUGGGGUAUGUGGACGGGUAUUUUGCGAGGACGGUGUAUGUGGAUGGGUGUCGGAGUUGGUAUCGGAGGGGGGGGAAGGUGGUGGGGUUGUGGCCGGGGUCGACGCUGCAUGCGUUGGAGGCGUUGAGGGCGCCGAGGUGGGAGGAUUGGGUUUAUGAGAGUGUUGGGGGUGAUGGUGAUGAUGGGGUGGGGGGUGGGAAUGGGUUGGGGUGGCUUGGGAAUGGGAAUAGUGUGACGCAGACGAGUGGGGAUCCGUCGUGGUAUAUCAAUCCGGGGGAGGUGGAGGUGCCGGUGGAGGGGCGGCCGGAGGAGAAUGAGCGGUAUAAGGCGAGGCCGUGGUGCUAUUAG